GUCGAGGGCUUAUUCCCUCUGCGGACACGCUUAAGGAAGCAGCUAUGGCUAAAGGGAUAGGGGUCCAGCAGGCCGCACCGAGGCGAUGGACCAGCUCCUUCGCUGCACUGUCACUGCUGUGCCUGGCUGUCCAAGCAGUCCAGAAGGCGGACCUCACCGGGGAUUCCACAGUGGCCACCAUCAACCACUCCCUGUCAUUGCUGCAGCGGUUGCAAGAGCUCCUGCAGAACGGCAAUGCCAGCGAUACCACCCUGCGGGUGCACACUGCAGGCUCGGACGAAAUCAAAGUCUUCCACACCCACCAGUUGAUGCUCAGCUUGCAAAGCGAGAUCUUCGAGAGCCUCCUGCACAACCAGACCAUGAUCACUCUGCACGAGCCACCUGACAGUGCAGCCCUUUUUGAGAAGUUCAUCAGAUAUCUGUACUGUGGUGAGAUCUCCAUCCUCCUCCACCAAGCCAUACCGCUUCACCGACUAGCCAGCAAAUACCGCAUCUCUAGCUUGCAGAGAGGGGUAGCCGAAUACAUGAAAAACCAUCUGGCCAGUGAGUCGAACCAGGGCCACGUGGUGGGCUGGUACCACUACGCAGUGAGGAUUGGCGACGAGGCUUUGCAGGAGAGCUGCCUCCAGUUCCUGGCCUGGAACCUCUCAGCUGUGAUGAGCAGCGCCGAGUGGGCCUCGGUGAGUGUUGAUCUCUUGCUGCUGUUGCUGGAACGAUCCGACCUGGUUCUGCAGAGCGAGUUGGAGCUGUACACAGCUGUCGAGGAGUGGGUGGUCACACACCAGCCCGAGGACUAUGUCGUGGAGAAGAUGCUGAGGUCCCUGCGUUACCCUAUGAUCUCCCCCAGCCACCUUUUCCACCUGCAGAAGCAGUCUCUGGUGAUGGUGAAGCACUACAACGCUGUGCAAGACCUGCUCUUCCAAGCCUUCCAGUUCCACUCAGCCUCCCCAAUCCACUUUGCCAAAUACUUCGACGUCAACUGCAGCAUGUUCCUGCCCCGAAACUACCUCUCCACCUCCUGGGGUUCUCAGUGGGUGAUUAAUAACCCAGCCAGGGAUGACCGCAGCACCAGUUUCCAGACUCAGCUGGGGCCCAGCAACCACGACUCUGCCAAGCGCGUGACUUGGAACGUUCUGUUCUCCCCACGUUGGCUCCCGGUCAGCUUGCGCCCCGUUUACUCGGACUCUGUCUCGGGGGCCAUUCAGUCUAUCAGGAUCGAGGACGGCCGCCCCCGCCUGGUUAUCACUCCGGCCACGACUAGCUCCGACUUUGCCGGAGUCAGUUUCCAAAAAACCAUCCUGGUAGGCAUGAGGCAGCAGGGCAAAGUCUUUGUCAAACAUGCCUACAGCUUCCACCAGAGCACAGACGAAGUGGCUGACUUCCUGGUGCAUGCUGACUUACAGAAGCGCACCUCCGAAUACCUCAUUGACAACUCUCUGCACCUGCAUAUCAUCAUCAAGCCUGUCUACCAUUCUCUGAUCAAAAUCAAGAAGUAGAAGAACGGCAGGAGAUAGGGAACCACAAGACAAGGCAGGGGACGAGAAUGACUGGAUUGUACUGAAGAACAGCAAUGAAUACAGUACAAAACUGGCUGGCAUCUUGUAAUCUAUGCAUGUAAACUGGGCAUGCAGGCCCUGGGUGCUUCUUGCAUGAAAACAACUUCUGCAGCUACAAACCUGGGGACUUUAAAAAAAGAAAAGAAGAUGGGAAAUUAAAACAUGUACAGUCUCGGGGGUGGGGAAUUCCUUUAUCUCUGUUUUCAGAUGCUUCUGUUUAGCUCUCUUCCAUCUUUGAAGGCUGCAAUCCUACAUGUGCUCACCUGGGAGCCAGUUGCACUGAACUGAAUGACUUACUUCUGAGUAGAUGUGAAUAGGAUUGCACUCUUAAGGAACUCAGGUAGAACUGGAGGAUCUCAGUGGUGCUUUUGAUUAGAUCAUUCUCCAAGAUACCCCCCUUAGCAAGAGAUUUGACUUCCUAACUUGUUUAGAAUCUGCCUUCAUGUCUUGCCCAUGAAGUGGUGAUCCUGUGGAAUUGUUGUAGUUUGAGAGAUAUAGACAAAAAACAAAACAAAACAAAAAAAACCCAACAGUACACUGGUAGGUAAAAAGUCCUUAGAAUACUGUAAUAUUCAUAAGGGUUCUUUAGUCACCCUUAUUUGUUGAUGCAUCCAGCCUUCCACUAUUCCCUCUAGUAGACUUGAUACUAGAUGAACGAGUUUGGUUCUUUAAGCGUUAAAAGUGGCACCAUGGUCUUUGGUUCAUAUAAAGGGUAGAUUAUACAUCCAUACCCUUAUUUUGUCUCAGUCCAAACCAGAGACACGUGAAUCCCAUCUCCUGCUGCUUUUGACUGGAUAUCCUAGCCACAGAGUGGGUUUUUGCUGUCUUGCUGGUCAGGUAGGAAAGCUGAGCCUACUUUCUGAGUCCCCGAUUAGUGAAUUAAAUACAUACGAACCAAUUGACCAGACCCAUCACACUUCCUUCUCUCCAUUUCAACCUCUGCCUCCUGGCCCUUGUCACAUGAUUUUUUUCCAAGGUAGGCAGAUUCCAGUGUCCCAUCCCAAAAUAAUAGCAUCUUCACCUUUAGUAAGAAAAACAACAACAACAACAAAGGCUUUCCUGUUGGUUUUCUAAACUUUCUGUGAUAAGUGUAAUUAUUUGUUUGUAAAAUAAACGGGGCAAAAGCUGGUUUAGAACUGGAGGAGUUGGGUUGCAGACUACGGGCUAGGUGGAAAUAUGGUGCUUGUGCGCUCUCUGCAGGUAAUGUCCACAGCCUUUUGAAUAGAUCAUCAGUUACAUAGAUUUCUAAAUAAAAAUCAGGAAAUGUA